AUGGCGCUAAGAAAGUAUGUCCAUAUAUUAUCGAAAUCGCUAUAGAGUGGUAAAUUUGCCCCUCGAGCUUUUCACGCGCGGGGUUGAUUUUAUGUACUACCACGUAAUAAUUUUUUGACACCUCGUGAUACGUGUUUACUAUACCAUGUGAUUAUGUUUUAACAUCUGGCAGUUCUACAGCAGCAAGGAUGGAGUUCAUGCAGGCGUUCUCCGACAAAAAAUGGCUUAAUUUAAAAAUCUGCACUAAUCCUAUACGUGUUUGAAACAAAUGGUUUUGAAACUGUCGGGGCUAUUUCAGCAAUGGAUCCAGGAGACAUUGACAUAAUUUUCCAACUGAAUGGACUAAGGCUUGGAGAGCGCAGAUUUCUAGAAAAAAAAUCAAAAUGCUAAAAACGAAGGUAUUUGCCAUGCAGUUUAUGUUUUCAAUUGACAAUUUAGUUCGGAAACUGAUAUCUGUAUAUUAUGCUUUGCAGGAAUGGGGUACUUCGUGUUCUGUACGUUGAGUUUGGACUUGAUCUUUUCGGAAAAGCAAUUUCAAAAACUGUUCCCUCUAUUGGCGAAGCACCAAACACCGUCAAAUCGAAACAACUAAAAAAGGACUUACUUAUCCUGGUUGUCAGACUCAAACCCAAGGUUCAUCUGUUAGUCCUCUGCAGUCUUAUUAAUAAUAUUUUACAUAAAAAAGAUAUGAUUAAAGAUCAAGUGACGACUGUGUACAUGUUUGUAUACACUAUCGAGAAAGACCGCGAUAAUUUCGUCCGAGAACGAACACCAAAGCAAAAUGUCCUGUCCACUUUGACUUUGCCAACCUUUAGCAAGUGUCACUUGAAUGAAUGUCAAAACCGACUAAAUUGUCUAUAUCCCAAUCACUGCUCACCGUCAACAUUUUGCAAAAACAUUGACAAACAUCCAGAACGACCAGAAGGCAAGCAGACUCUAAAAGAUUUGAACAAGAAACUCAGCGAAGAGCGUAAACGUUUGUCAUUCAUGAAAGAAGAGCUAAAAUACGUGACAGACUGA